AUGUCUGUAAAUGUUCUGAUAGUCGGCGCGGGCGCCAUUGGCGCCUUUUACGCAUCGCGUCUCGCGCUUGUGUCGGGCACGUCGGUCUCGGUCAUUUGCCGUUCAAACUACAAAGCCGUCAAGGCCAACGGCUUCCAAGUCACGUCUCCACAGUACGGCGAUUACACCUUCACACCAGCAAACACAUUUGCGAAUCCUGAAGAGGCAAAAAAGAGCGCAAUCGAAUGGGACUAUGUCGUUGUGAGCACAAAGGCGUUACCGGACGUCAGCGACGACUCAGCGAUCCUCGAGGGCCUUGUCAGCGAUAAGACCGCCAUUGUGCUGAUACAAAACGGCAUGGGCGUCGAGGACCCCUAUUCAAAGCGCUUCCCAAAGGCGGCCAUAUGCUCAGCUGUCACAAUUGCAACAUGCGCGCAGCCAGAACCUGGUCACAUCAAGCACAACAGAUGGACGCGCAUCAAUAGCGGUCCCUACCUACCUCACCUCGACACUGGAGCGCCUAAAGACAGUGAUCCGAGUAUCAUCGAAAAGAACGACGCUUUCAUCGCAUUGCUGAAAGAGGGGGGUAUCAAGGACGCAGAAGCUUAUUCCCACGCGAAGCUCCAACUGGUCCGUUGGCACAAGAUCGCCAUCAACGCGUCCAUGAACCCCACCUCUGUCCUCACCCUCGGCUCUCCAAACAGCCUCAUGGCGCAGGACCCUGAACUCCAACGCCAUCUCAUGGGCGUGAUGACUGAAAUUCUCGAGACUGCCCCUAAGGUUCUUGGCCAGCCCAUGCCCAAAGAGUUUGCCACGCCAGAACAGAUUAUCAAGUCUACGUUGAAGAACACCAGUGGCAGCAAGCCUAGUAUGGCAAUCGACUGGGAGGGUGGGAAGAAGAUGGAGAUUGAGGUUAUUCUAGGCAAUCCGCUGAGGAUAGCAAGAGAGAGGGGUUUUGAGAUGCCUAGGCUGCAGAGCUUGUAUGCGAUGGUGAGAAUGGCGCAGGAAAUUCGGGACCAGAAGAAGGUCAAGCUAUGAGACUGCUGCGUAUUUCAGAAUCCUUCAAGUAAUUAUGACCAGCCGUCGUCUCCAAGUCUUAUUGGCCCGCCAGUCAUGUAUCACAGGGUGAAGUCACAAACACAAUCUGAUCUGUCGCUUAAUUGUC